AUGGGUUCCAUGCCCACCGAUGUCGAGACCUUGUCUAUGUACGAGGCACCAGACGAGUUUUCCCGAGAGAUCGACCAACACAUCCGAGAGAGCGCUCUCGCACGGUCAUUACGGGAGAAUCCUGAGUUUAUCGAGUCAAGACCACAUCUAAAGAUCCCCGCCGAGGUGCGGCAGCACAACCUAACGGCAGGGACGUUGGCUGGGCCAGGCAUGAUCGCGGUGCCGCCCUACUAUUUCAACGAGCGCGACGGUAAAUCCAUGGUUCAGAUCUUCUAUGUUGGACCCGAUUGCUCUGGACAUCCCGGGAUCGUGCAUGGAGGGUUUCUGGCGACCAUGCUGGACGAGGGACUGGCUAGAUGCGCAUUCCCGGCCAUGCCCAACAAAGUAGGCGUCACCGCCAACCUACAGAUCAACUACCUCAAGCCUACGAUGGCUGGUCAGUAUCUCGUCCUUAGAGCCAAAACCACGAAGGUGGAUGGCCGCAAGGCCUGGGCCGAGGGUUGGAUUGAGAGCCUUGAAGUCGCUGAAGGUGAGGAGCCUCAGAAACUAGUGGAGGCGACGGCUCUCUUUGUAGAGCCAAAGCACGCGAAGGUUCUCAAGUCUCUCUACAGAGUCGCGACAUGA